UUUUUAUUAUACAAUACAAAUACGCCCAACUCUUCAUCACCUUCAUUUCAUUCUCUCUCUUCCUCGAAAACCAACUUCCAUUUCUCUGGCAUUUUCUACCCACCACCAUGGCGUCCAAGGAUUGCGGCAACCACGGCAAAGGCCGCCAGAAACUCAUCGGAAGAAUCAUCCGAUGCCUUCUGGUUUUCCUCGUCAUCGUUCUCAUCACAAUCCUGAUCAUCUGGGCAGUCCUCCGCCCCACCAAACCCCGCUUCAUCCUCCAAGACACCACCGUCUACGGUUUCAACGCCUCCACCCAGAAUUUCCUCACCUCCAACUUCCAAGUCACCGUUUCUUCUCGGAACCCAAACGACCGAAUCGGGAUCUACUACGACAGGCUCGUCACCUACGCCACUUACAGGAACCAGCAGAUCACUCUUCGGACAGCGCUCCCUCCGACAUACCAGGGUCAUAAUGAAGUCAAUGUCUGGUCGCCUUUCAUAUACGGGAAUAUGGUCCCUAUAGCUCCGGAUUUCUCAGUCGCUCUGAAAACCGAACAAGCCGCCGGUUCGGUUUUCAUGGUGAUCAAGAUUGAUGGACGGGUGAGAUGGAAAGUUGGGUCUUUUAUAUCCGGAAGAUAUCAUCUUCACGUUAGGUGUCCGGCGUAUAUAACUUUCGGUAGCAGAAGUAACGGAGUUUCCGUCGGUCAAAACGCCGUUAAGUAUCAGAUCGUCACGCGAUGCAGCGUUAGUGUCUGAAAACUAAUCAAGAAAACAAGAAGAAAGAGGUGGAUGUAACAAACGUGUCGUCAAAUAUAUCGUUUGUUUAUCUCCUUUUUUUUACUUAACGCCGUUAGUACAUCUAUAUAUAUAUAUUUUUUUUACGAUUUGUACAUUUUGCUAUAGAAUAAAUGAACAAAAGAAUUGAAAGGAAAAGCAGAUAGCAAAAUCUACAAUAAGAUAUAUGUAGUUUCUUUAAGGGAUGUAAAAUUGUGGCAUUAAUAAGAUUUCAUUUUCAUUAGUUU